GUUCUUAAAAUGACUUUACAGAUUUCGAUCGAUUUUACUGUUUUGUUUCCGGAUAAAGGACCUAAGCUUUUAAACGGGUGGUCUAGUUGCAGAAAUAAGCUCAUGAAUAUUAUGAAAGAGCGUUCAAAAAAAGACAAACAGUCGAUGGCACAUAAGAUUUUGAAUACUCUUCCUUCUACGAUAUCAGAAGAUGGCAAAGACGUUGUUGUAAUGCACUUGUUACCAACAUUGCUACCGCCAGCAAUAAUUCGAGAAAAGGAUAAAAAAUCAUGGAAACCGACAAUAGCAGAAGCUCAAGAAACGUUUGUUCUACAUACCACAGAUUCCGUGAGCAAGCAAAUCUUUCUAGAACAAAGAAAGAAGAAAUAUGAAAAACUCAUGCGACCGAUUCAACCGUGUGUGAUCGUAGUAGGAGAAACAUUACAGACUGCAAAGGACUUCUAUGUACUAUUCGAGAAUAUUGAGUAUAAACUGACCAGCAUACUGGCGGCAGUAGAUACAUGUUUCAAAAUCAUACAUGUUAUGAACCUAGUAUAUCCACCCGAAGCAUACAAUACGUGGAUGUUUAUUCAGAGGUAUUUUUAUGAAUUAUACUUACAAAAGGAGAAAGUGCCGACGUGUGUUACGGGUCUUAUGAGUGAACUAUAGUCGAAACUAUAAGUACACAUGCAAUUUUGAACACUGCAAUUAUUUUCGUUACAUUAGCUUUUUUAUUUCUUAAUUUAUUCUGAAUUUCGGCAAUUAAAAGUGCAAACAUUGUUUUUAAUAGUAACUGAGUCAGAAUCUGUUUUCAAUACAUUCAUGUUUUUUUGUUUUCAUAACACUGAAGGUCUUACAUUAAAUCUUGAGUAUAAACCUAGAGUAAGUCAAAGUUUUUUCAUGGUAAAAUCAAAAUCUUCUAAAUUUGUUUUUGUAACUCUAGAGAAUCUUUUUUAAAUACAUACAUUUAUUUUUUCGUAGCGCCUAAGCCUUUUGUAAAUAUAUAACUAUCGACGACAAAGGCUCGUGUUGAACUUGUUAGGAAUAAGCGUAUUGAAUUUUUUUAGCUUCUAAGAGCCCAUUUUCAAUUCCAAAUAUUUAUAUUUCUUUUUAAUUUUUAAAAGUUCAUAUAUAAUAAAAAUGUACUUUUGCGCAUUUAAGAACCGUUAUGAUUAUUGCCAAGAUGGCUAUAAUACUCCAGAAGCACUGUUUUUACACAUUCAA